GCAGGCGAGAAAUCUGUCAGCACCUCUCGCACCUCUAAGCAUUUAACUAACAACGCAUUAUCCAACCACGCUGCGGCUCUUUCCCCGGCGGUACGCACUGAUUUGAAGCCGGAUCCGGUUGUUCCUGUCGGGCGGGUUGAGAGGAGUGGGCAGGGCGCAGGUGAAAGCGCGGAGAGGGCGGUACCGAGCGCAGCCACCCGGGCACCGAGAGCGACGCGCCAGGCUGGAGCAGGAGCUGGACCAGAAGAGAAACCAAAGAUGAUCGAGUGAAACAAAAUGGAUCCAAACAAGAACAGCCUCCCCAGGGCUCCUCACCUGAAUGGAGCGGUGAACGGCUCUGCUCUGGACAACGGGGCGGAUCCGUGGACUGCGGAGGGCGAGAAGCAGAGGGACGGUGAAGCGAGAGAGACCCCCGGCGAUGUGUCCCCCGCCACUGUAGAACCCACUCUGCACCACCGGGGGUCAGCAGAGAGCCACAAGAAGUUCUACAGCUACCAGAGGCGGACGAAGCAGAAGGUGGUGACGGACUUUUCCACCAUCAGCAAAGGGACGUCUGCAGCGGCCAAACCCAGAGCCGCUCUCAGACAAGUGCUGUUUAAUCAGUCUGACAAGAACCAGACUCCAGAGCAGGUGCCCGGUCAGCUGGAUCUGCUGAAGCACAACCUGGAGGCGUUCACCGUCCCCGUGAGCCUGAGGUGGAGAUGGGCCGAGGAAAACCAGGGCACGUCUCUGGAGAGUAACUGGACCGACAUCGUGCGCUCACACUCAGUAAGCUCACUGAUGACAAAGAUGCAGAGGAACCAACAGGAUGCAUUGUGGGAGUUUGUGUCCACAGAGCUCAUCUACAUAAACAAACUCCUGGUGAUCAGAGACCUGGUUCUGGAGUCUCUUCUACACCUGCAGAAACAAGGAUUUCUCUUAGAGGUGACCCCUCAGCUCCUCUUCUCAAACCUGCCGUCCAUCAUCAGCGCUCAUCAGCUGUUCUGGCAGGAAGUCCUGUACCCCAUGGUACAGGAAGUGCGGAGGACAGGUGCGCCCUUUGACCCCAUGCGGUUAGAGGCUGGCUGUCUGCAGUUUCGGAAGCGUUUCUCUUCGUACAAGCACUACUGUUGGGAAGAGGAGAGCACUCAGGAGUUUGCACGUCGACUUCAGGAAAGCAACCCGCAGUUCCACACUUAUGUUCAGUGGAUAGAGACCCACCCUCAGGGCGAGCGGAUGCGUCUGGGAGACAUGCAGGCCAAACCUCACCAGAGGAUCACAAAGUACCCCCUUCUGCUCGGAGCAGUGCUCAAGAACACGUCCCACCCCAAUGUCCAGCAGGCGCUCAGAGCCAUGUUGUCGACUGUGAUGCGUUUUCUGGAAAGUAUCAACGACUACAUGAGGUUUAAAGAUGAGGAGCUGGCUCUGUCCAUCUCUGCUGAGCGGGUGGAGGGCUACGAAGUGGAGGGAAUUAAUGAAGAAAUCGACAGGCGCGUGCGUGAGGUGAGCACGUUUGACCUGACGUGUCCCGUCAGUGGAGUGGGUCCAGAGGUGAUCAGGAGACUGCUGCUGGAGGAGAACCUCAAGAUCAGGGGCCGGAAGGACAGUAAAAUGGAGGUUGUGGCUCUUCUGUUUUCUGAUGUGCUGCUCAUGACUAAAGUCCAGAAGAAAGGGGAGCGUCUGAAGGUGAUCCGCCCUCCUCUGGCCCUGGACAGAACCCACUGCUUCGCUCUCAAAGACGGCUGCUCCUUUGUCCUGGUGGAGGUUGGGGAGCUGCUCAGUGUCAUGAACGUCUACAUCUUUUUGACAGGCACUGCCCACAGCUGCUCCACCUGGGUCUCCACCAUCCAACAGGCAAAGGAAACUCUGAAGGACAUACGGCACAAAGAGCGAAGCAGACAGAUGGAGAAGUGGAGGCUGCUACAGGCGUCUAAGUCUCUGAGCGAAGUCAGUGAUGAACCAGAGACAGAGGCUCUGCCCACCACUCCAUCUGAAGACAAGGCCUUUGAGGACAAUCAGGAAAUAACUGAGCCUAAACCAGUGAGUGGCCCCCACUCGACCCAGACAGUGAAUGGCCCACAGGCCCCACAGGCCCCACAGGCCCCACAGGCCCCACAGGCCCCACAGGCCCCACAGGACCCACAGGACCCACAGGCGCCUCAGGAACCUCAGGUGGUGAAUGGUCUGCAGUCUCCUCAGGCAGUGAAUGGUGUCCAGUCUCCUCAAUCAGAUGAGCCUGGGGACCGCAGUAUGCCUUUCUGGCAGGUCCAACGCCCUCACCCCCCCCCUCAAAGGAAAUCAGCUCGUAGGACGCUCCCCGCUCGGCAUCCGGUGUUUCCAGGCUACGAGUUUAUUGAAAUGGAAGUGAGAAGUCCAAAGUUUAGAGUGAACAGCGAGAACCGCCUGCAGGAGUCUUCAUGUGGAGCUGAGACUUCUGGCAUGAAAGGAAAAAAAGUGCAGUCCGCCCCUGAUCUGGAGCAACAUUUCCUCUUUAACAAAAUACAAACUCACAACACAAGACCGCAUAACCUGCUGCUGAGAGGGCAUCUGGAUGACUCAGCAAUGACUUGGAGGCGGUCAAGUGAGGUCUUAUCCAAAAGGAGGCCCUCAGACCCUGUGCUUGUGGUUCAGGGCACUGGCAGAAACAGUCAGUCAGAGAGUACAGAGCCCUCAGAGGCCAAGGGCUUCCCCAAUGGCCUGCGGUCACCUGGUGUGAGGAGGAGGAGGCCCCAGAGCACCCAGGGCCCUAGCCACACAGCCAAGCCCCCCCUGCAGAGGGCGGCAAACAGCUGGUCUGUGUCCAAUUCUUCCUCAGACUCAGACAGCAGUAUCCCAGCAAAGAGAAACUCACUUCCCUCUGAGAAGAGCACUUACCGAGUACUCACUGUGAACUCCCUGAAGCCAAACCAGGGCAUGUUCUGGACCAUGGUGAACAACCCUGAGGCCUACUCUGAGCCUGAGCUCCCAGAGCUCAAACAGGACAACAAAAGACCCAAGACCAAGACUCAGCGCAGUGCCUCCAUCCCCAACAUUGUCCUCCCGGAGAGGAGCCUCCAGAGGUCCUCAGGCAGCAUGACCCUGCCCCCUCCCUCUCCUCUGCAGGGGCUGCUGGACCGGGCCAAAGAGCGGGGCAAGGAGACUGUGAGGCGGGACUCUUAUGGCCUGUUAAGGCCAGGGUUUCCCCACUCUCCCUCCGUCUCCUCCACCCCCUCUCCCUCCCCCAGUGAGGCGGAGAAAGAGAGCGAGUGGGAGGAGGAGGUGGAGCUGCUGAGGCACAGGGUCCUGAGUGUGAGUCAGGGCUGGAGAGAGCAGCUGGUGGACGGGGACGACGAUGACCACAGGAACAGUGCGAUGUUCUCAGACGGAGUGAACGUGGACUGGCCCGGCUGGUGCUUUGACGAUGAGGAGGUGAUGGAUCAUCUACAGCCUGGAGGAGAGGGUCUACUCGAGGGCAUCAGCAAGUCUCUGACCUGCUGUGACCUGCAGGAACUGUCCGAACAUGAAGAAGGAGAGUGCAGUCAAGUCUAACUACUGCCAACCCUAUAGUACAGCUAGCACUCGCACCUCAUAACCAGAAGGUCCCAGGUUCACUUCCCGAACUGGACGGUACCUUUCUGUGUGCGGUUUCACACAGAAAGUGUUACCCAGCCCAUGUUGAUCCCUCGGUGCUUCUCUGCAGUCGCCCACUGCUCCUGAUAGGAUUGAAGGAUGGGUCAAAUGCGUCACAUUUUCCCCACAGACAAUAGAGUUAACCUUGACUUUAACCAUGGACCAGAAAUAAGACAUGCGGGCUGAGAAUCAAAAGGGAGUCAGUGAUAUUCAGGUAAAUAUCUACUAUUUAAAAAAACUAAAUCACCCUUCAUGUAAUGUAUAUAUGAGGUGGCUAUAAUCCAUCCUGCUUCAUCUAUAUAUUUAUAUAGAGGGUUAUUUUUGUGUCUUUUUAAAUAGUACAUCUUUAGUCUUUCAAGAGCACCUGGUUUUUAUAUUGUCUGUAUUUAUCCAGAAGCUAGUCCCAUGUCCUGGCAUAAGAACUAUAUGCCAGGACAUGGGACUUUUGAUCAAUAACUCAGAAAUCAUAGUGAAUAGUUUAGGCAUAUUUUACUUUGAACAUAGCUCAACAGAAGCUUUCAUCUGCGUAUUUAUUUGGAACUCCAUUUUGCCCAAAGACACUUUUGAUUCUCUGCCCUCAAUGCUACUAAAAUAAAGUACAGAUCAACACUUAUUGUAAACAUGAAAUACAGUAUCUGACUUAUCAGCAGUUUUGUAAAAUAAUUGUAAAAUAACUGUGUACUGUAAAAAAAAAAAUCUGUAAAAUAUAUAUAUUUUUAAUAAAAUAUACAAUUUGGACAUGUCAGUAUUUUAAAGAAUUACAAAUGUUUAGCUAUUUAAUUUAUAUUUCACACCAUCUCCAU